AUGCCUAUCGCACUUACACCACCACCGGUUCCUGAGGCCAAACCCCUCGGAGAUGCCAAGGCUCAAUCCCCAAACAAGAGAAAGAUUAUCUGCUUUUCAGACUUUGACGGCACAAUCUUCAUGCAGGACACCGGACACGUCCUCUUCGACAACCACGGCUGCGGCUCCACACGAAGAGAGAUGCUAGACGAGCAAAUCAAGACCGGCGAGCGAUCUUUCCGGGACGUCUCGGAGGAAAUGUGGGGGUCUCUAAACGUCCCCUUCGACGACGGCUUCGAAGUCAUGAACAAGUCUCUCGAGAUCGAUCCGGAUUUCCAGAGCUUCCACCAAUACUGCCUCGAGAACAACAUCCCCUUCAACGUCAUCUCCGCCGGUCUCAAACCCAUCUUGAGAAGAGUCCUCGACACGUUCUUGGGAGAAGAGGCCUCGGCGCACAUCGACAUCGUGGCCAACGACGCUCACAUAUCCGCCGACGGGUCCGAGUGGAAGCCCAUCUGGCGCCACGACACGGACCUCGGCCACGACAAGGCGCAGUCCAUCACGGAAGCGCGCAAGGAGGCGGAGACCGCGUGCGACGACGGCACGGUCCCGCUGAUCGUGUUCAUCGGCGACGGGGUAUCGGACCUGCCCGCCGCCCGGGAGGCCGACGUGCUGUUCGCGCGGCGCGGCCUGCGCCUCGAGGAGUACUGCCGGGAGCACGACAUCCCGUACAUCCCGUUCGACACCUUCGCCGACAUCCAGCGCGAGAUCGAGCGCGUCCGGCUCGACGACGAGAAGAAGACGGGAGGCAGGGGCGUGCCUGUGCGGUUCAACCCGCGCGCGAAUCUCUGGCGCAGAGUGUCGAGCAGGAAUGCUGUGCCGAGAUAUGUGCUUAUGUCCCCGACUAGGGAGGACAAGAUGUUCCUCUGGCCUGAGGCCUUCUCUGAGCUCAAGAAGAACGAGGUCGAAGUCGCUGAGACGCCUGUGUCGUCGGUCCGGGAGCAUGCUGUGCAGUCUCAGGUGCAGAGCGCUGCUUAG